AUGAACCGCACCUCACGUGAACUCAGCGCUGAGAGCAUCUGCGGAGAACUUGGCGUCAUGAGCUUCAACGCCAGCGAGCUUCCCGACCAUGUCUCUCCUGACAAUAUCCGUUUGUGCGCCAAGCACCCUCACGCCUACGCCAGCAAACAUGGCCCUGCUAGCAAUGCAUCAAUGCCGCUUGUCCAUCAUCUGGGCGAGCGGAGUUGCUAUUUCGCUGCGCCUUAUGGCUGUAGCAGAGGCGGUUGUUGGAAGGUCUGCGAUGAGGAAACAGGCAAAUGGUGUUGGGCUGCGGAGAACAGCGGAUACGGCCAUUGGAGAUACUGUACAACUUAUGCCGACUGCGGAACAGAUAAGACCGACUAUGGCUGUGGUCAUUUGUGUGGGCCACAAUGCGGAUGCGGCUGCUAG